AUGCCUCGGAAGACCAAACGAGUCCUGCACUUGGAGCACGCACGCAAGGCCCGAAAGCUGGACCGUGCUGAGGCCGUCUCCGCAGCACAAGGCCCACCCCUGGAGCAGGAGGAGACCGUUCUUGACGACGGCAUCGAGGUCGACGACUCGGAGGACGACAACGCAGAGGACGAAGACUUCUUCAUGGUCACAGGCAACAUCAACGUCGACGAGGGUCCACGUGAAGAAGCGCAAGCGAGCCGCGUACGUCGGCACCAGAUGCUUACUGUGUUCGAGGCCCUGCGCCCCGAUUGUGUCGGUGUCUUUCUGUUCGACAACAGCACCAACCAUGGUGCUUUUUCUGCCGACGCGCUCAAUACGUCAAACAUGAACCUCAACCCCGGCGGCAAGCAACCCAAGCUGCGCGACGGCUGAUACGAGAAGGAUGGCGUGCGUGUC